AUGGACGACUACACCGCCGAGGUCAUGGCCAGCGGCAACGACACGCCGGCGCCGCGCCUCUUGCCCGCGCGCAACCAGAAUGAGUCGGGCACGUCGACGCCCCGGAGCGGCAGCGGCCUGCGCGGCGGGUUCGCUGCCAUCCGCGAGAAGGCGGGCUUCCAGGACCGGCUGAUGGAGAGACUCCUCCAGCAGGUGAUACCCGCUGACGACGACCACGGGUCCGACGCGCCCAUCGUCUCGCCCGAGGCCAGCGACUCGGCGUUCGCGCAGCGGCCCUCCUUCAACCUCACCACCAUGUCGUACAACUUCCGGCACUUCAACGCGCGCAUCGGCGUCGUCUUCCAGUUCCAGGCCGACGCCGUGCGGCUCUUCUCGUGGGCCCAGCCCUCCCACACGCUGUCCUUCCUCGCCGUCUACUCCUUCGUCUGCCUCGACCCCUACCUCCUCCCCGCGCUGCCCAUGGUGGUGCUCGUCCUCGCCGUCCUCGUCCCCUCCUUCGUCGCACGCCACCCCGCGCCCCCCAAGGGCACCCUCUCCAGCGAGCAGAGCAUCGGCUACUCGGCGCAGGGCCCGCCCCUGGCGCCCGCCGCGACGGUCCGUCCCGCCAAGGAGCUCAGCAAGGACUUCUUCCGCAACAUGCGCGACCUGCAGAACAGCAUGGGCGACUUUAGCCACGCGCACGACAAGAUUGUCGAGCUGCUCGUCCCCGUGACGAAUUUCAGCGACGAGGCCCUCUCGUCGACCGUCUUCCUCUUCCUGUGCGGCGGCGCCGUCGCCAUGACGCUCGCAUCCCACGUCAUCCCCUGGCGGCUGCUCUUCCUCGCCGGCGGCUGGGCCCUCGUCGUCUCGGGCCACCCGGCCGUGAAGCCGCUCCUGGCCGCGCAGCACCAGCAGCACGUGCAGCCGCGCGAGGAGCGCGCCAAGACGUGGCUCGACCACUGGAUCGCCGACGACGUGAUCCUCGACUCGGCGCCCGAGACGCGCGAGGUGGAGAUCUUCGAGCUGCAGCGCAUGUCCGACGACGCGUGGCGGCGCCCCUCGCACGGCGGCGGCGAGUGGGAGCCGUGGCUGUUCGCGCCGUCGCCGUACGACCCGCUGUCGCAGCCGCGCAUCGCCGGCGAGCGGCCCCGCGGCUCGCGCUUCUUCGAGGACGUGCUCCCGCCGCACGGCUGGGAGUGGAGCGAGAAGAAGUGGGCGCUCGACCUCUGGAGCAGGGACUGGGUCGAGGAGCGCAUCAUCACGGGCGUCGAGGUCGAGACCGAGGGCGAGCGCUGGGUGUACGACAUCUACGACGACGGCGAGGACCUGCGCACGGGGGUGGUGGAGCAGCCCGAGAAGAGCGGCCCGGGGGGUGGCAAGCUCAAGGCGAGGCAGCACCCGCAGCCGAGCUGGGAGGAGGGCGAAGACAGCAGCGAGAGGAGGGGUCGAUGGCGGCGGAGGCGGUGGGUGCGGCUCGUCAAGAGGAGGGCGGCCCCCGCGACGGCGACGUCAUGA